CUCUCUCUCUCUCUCAUUAUGCCCAGGUAAUUGCUAGAUAAUUGCUAGAUUUUAUCAAAAGCAUUUCUGGGUUGAUAACUGAUAAGAAUACAUUUUAGCUAUGAGUUUUGCAAUAUCGACGAGAGACACAGUUCAAACAUUCCAGUGUAGCCAUUUCCCAGUAGCGCCGACAGUAACAGCGAGAACCAGUAGGAGAAUCCAGAGUAGCGUUUUCAGGUCUGGGGUGCCGAGCACUUUCUUUUGUCGACCGCUGUCGAAGGGGUCAUUCGUUCGACGAGACAUGACAACAACAGGGCAGACCACGAAGCCCAAGAUCGUGUUCGACUGGCGGGCGGAGGCGGCCACACAUGCGCCCGGAUCGGCAUUCGAAAUGGCUGAAAAAGUAGUCAACAAAUUGUUCAGGCCAAUCCCUGGGUCCAGCGUAUCUGAGGAAGGGAAGAGGACGCACAAAGUCACGGUCGUGGGAGUUGGGAACGUGGGCAUGGCGUGCGCGCAAACUAUUCUAACCCAAGAAUUGUGCGAUGAGCUUGCGCUUGUGGAUGUGGUGGAGGAGAAGCUCAAGGGCGAGAUGCUCGACCUCCAGCAUGCCGCAGCUUUUCUACCCAGGGCAAAAAUUCUGGCUGACACAGAUUACAGGGUCACCGCAGACUCCGAUAUCUGCAUAGUGACCGCAGGCGCCAGGCAGCAGGAGGGACAAUCACGCCUCGCACUCGUGGAGAAGAACGUCUCCUUGUUCAAAAAGAUCAUCCCCGAGUUGAUGAAGCAUAGCCCCAACACCAUCCUCCUCGUCAUCUCCAACCCCGUCGACGCUCUCACCUAUGUCGCUUACAAGUUAUCGGGCCUUCCUCCCAACCGCGUCAUCGGCGCCGGCACAAACCUCGACUCGUCUCGCUUCCGUUGGUUGCUAGCUGACCACCUGGACGUCAAUGCCCAGAAUGUACACGGCUACAUAGUGGGAGAGCACGGUGACAGCUCCGUCCCUCUUUGGUCCAGUGUAAGCGUGGGCGGCGUGCCGAUCAUCUCCUACUUGAAGCAGAAGCACAUCGACUACAGCCCCGACACCCUCGCCGAACUCCACCGGAUGGUAGUAGACGGCGCUUAUGAAGUGAUCAAACUGAAAGGCUACACAUCCUGGGCGAUCGGGUACUCCGUUGCAAGCCUAGUAAAGAGCGUAUUGCGCAACCAGCGACGGAUCCAUCCUGUAUCAGUGUGUUCUCAAGGCUUCCAUGGCAUUGAAGAUGAAGUUUGCUUGAGCUUGCCGGCCGUGAUUGGGCGUGCGGGGAUCGUCAGCGUCCUGGACAGUCCCUUGACAGACGAAGAGAAGGAGCAGCUUCAAACAUCUGCCAAGACUCUAGCAUUAAUUCAAAACAAGUUAGACAUGUAGACUUGCAGAUUGUGCAGAAGCAAUCCAGCGGCAAGUUGUUGUCUUCGAUUCACAGCGUUGCAGUCUGUUCGAAUUCGCACCACCCGAUGCACAAAAGAAAGAGUUGGAGUGAAGCUGCAUUUGACCAGGCCUCCCAUCUACUGACCAGUUCAGGUUGCGGCAACCUCCGAGGCAGGCCAAGACCCCAGUUUUCUGAAUAACAUCACUCAUAGAAUCAUCCGAAUUGCAUAUUCCUUCAACCAGUUUCAUUUGUACCCUCUCCACUUCGACUUUAUCAUGAUGCUGUGCAAAUGUGGACCCAUCUCGUCUGCUCUUGUCUGGACUAGUAGAAACAUGCUCAAGCCCUGAUAAACGGAUCCUAACAAGGCAAUUUGAGGGUUAGAAUGAUUAUUUUUUUUAAAAAAAAUGAGCCUCUGAGGUUGUACCAAAGCAAGGGCUUUUACCAAUUUCUGUGUGUGGAGACUAGUACCUAGAUUGGGGUAUCUCUGCGUUGUAAUGCUUCAUGACUUGGAGCAUGGACGAAAAGCGAGAAAUUAUUCAAUUAACAUAGGAGAUGAAGGUAGUGAACUUGAAGAUGAAGCAUUCGUUGUAUUUGGUCUUUUUUAAGGCUUGUCAGCAAUCGGAGAGUUUGAUUUUAAACU